ACUGGCGCCUGCCGCUGUCCCCCCGGAUACCAUGGCCCCCUCUGCCAGAACACCUGCGUUCUGGGGACCUACGGCCAGGGGUGCCAGGGGCGCUGCCGGUGCGGAACGGGGGGCACCUGCGACCCAGUGACGGGGGAGUGCCUGUGCAAAGAUGGAUUCACCGGGACACUCUGCGAGACCCUGUGCCUGGCGUACAGAUGCCCCAGACGAUGCCCCUGCCAGAACGGAGGGCACUGCCAGGGCGUGGGCAACUGCGCCUGUCCGCCUGGCUGGAUGGGAGCGGUGUGCACUGAGCGCUGUCCGGAGGGGAAGUUUGGCCUGAACUGCUCCCAGGACUGCCUGUGCCACAACAGCAGGGGCUGUGACCCUGAGACUGGAGAGUGCCAGUGCCUCGAAGGCUUCACUGGGGACAGGUGCCGUGAGGAGUGCCCGGUGGGCCGCUACGGCCAGGACUGCAGCGGGCGCUGCGACUGUGCCAACGGGGCGAGCUGUUUCCACAUCAACGGGGCCUGCCUGUGUGAGCCGGGGUUCAGCGGGCCGCUCUGCAAGGACAGGAUGUGCCCGCCCGAAAAAUACGGGGUGCACUGCCAGCACCCCUGCAUCUGUGACGAGCAGCACACUCUCAGCUGCCACCCCAUGAAGGGCGAGUGCACGUGCCAGCCGGGCUGGGCGGGGCUGUUCUGUAACGAGACCUGUCCGCAGGGUUACUACGGCAGCGGUUGCCAGGAGACCUGCUUAUGCCUGAACGGGGGCACCUGCAGCAGCGAGAAUGGGCAGUGCCACUGCGCCCCCGGGUACAGGGGAGACCACUGCUCCAGCCACUGCCUCCCAGGAUCCUUUGGGAAGAACUGCUCCUCUCGCUGCACCUGCGUGAACGCAGUGGCCUGCUCCCCCAUCGAUGGCACCUGCUUCUGCAAGGAGGGCUGGCUGGGUUUCGACUGCUCCAUCCCCUGCUCCAGGGGCACCUGGGGCCCCGCCUGCAACGGUACCUGCCUUUGCGCCAACGGGGCGGCCUGCAGUCACCUGGACGGCUCCUGCACCUGCACCGCGGGCUGGCAGGGGGCGCUCUGCGACCAGCCCUGUCCGGAGUCCUCCUACGGGCCGGGCUGCGGACUGCGCUGCGACUGCCUGCGCGCCGAGACCUGUGACCCCCGGGACGGGCGCUGCCGCUGCCGCCCCGCGUGGACGGGAGCCCGCUGCGAGAAGCCCUGUGAGGAGGGCCGCUGGGGGCCAGACUGCACCGGCACCUGCACCUGUCAGAACAGCGCCACCUGUCUGCCUGAGAACGGAACCUGCAUCUGCAGCCCUGGGUACCAGGGAACCCGCUGCCAGAACACCUGCCCUCCUGGUCUGUACGGCCCCCAGUGCAGCUGGCCGUGUCCCCGCUGCGUGCACAGCGCCGGCCCCUGCCACCACAUCACCGGAGAGUGCACCUGCAGCCCGGGCUUCACCGGACAGCUGUGCGACCAGGAGUGUCAUCCCGGGACCUUCGGCCUGCACUGCGCCCAGACCUGCGCCUGUCCCCUCAACGCCACCUGCAACCCCCUGAGCGGAGACUGCCCAUGCGAGCAAGGAGACUGCGGGUCAGGGAAGGGGGGCAGCAGCUCCAUGGUGCCCGUGUCCCCGAUGGAGAGGGACUCGUGGGGCGCCAUCGUGGGCAUCGUCGUCCUGGUGGCCCUGGUGGUCCUGCUGCUGGCGCUGCUGCUGCUGUGCCGCUGCCGGCGCAGGGACAAGCAGAGCCGCGCGCCCGUCGUCUCCUACUCCACCACCCGCGUGGUCAACUCCGAGUACGCCGUGCCAGAUGUCCCUCACAGCUACUACCAUUACUACUCCAACCCCAGCUACCACACCCUGUCCCAGAGCCGACCGCCCCCGCCCCACCCCCCCAACAACCAGGACAGGACGGGCAGCUCCAUCAAGAACACCAAUAAUCAGCUUUUCUCCGACAUGAAGAACUUGGAGAGGGAGAGGUUGGGGCUGUUUGGAGCCGAGAGCAAUGCCACUCUGCCAGCAGACUGGAAGCACCAGGAUCCUGCAGCCUGCAAAGAUACCGGUGCCUUCAGGCUCGACAGGUGCUACAGCUACAGCAACAGCAACAGCCUGAGCAAACGCUAUAACACAGGUACAGUAUCUGUUCGGGAGCACAGGCUUGUUUUACUGUUUUAUUACCAAUGUUAUUUUAUAAAAGAGGAGCGAUGCUGCCAUAAUACUGAUCCGAUACAACUUGAAGUCAUUGAUGGAUCUCCCCCUGGUAUACUGACCAACCUCACAGGAACAGAGAUGCUUUGCUGUCACAGAGCUGUCUGUCAGAACUUUUUGUGAAUACCAUUAACACAGCUCGCAGAUCAUAUUGUCCUUUCCUGCACCCCUAAAAAAAACCUUUGUAAAAUAAAGUCAGAGUAAAAACUUGACUUUUAUUUAACGAGCCAGUUAGCCAGAGAUUAAGCUGUGUUUCAAGGGCACUCCAUAGACGAAUGAGUGAACAGU